AUGGAGAACGCUACUGGUAAGCCUCAGACACAAUGCCGAUAUUUGCUGGUCUUCACUGUAACGGAAGAAUCCGGUGUCCUCUAUCUUGUACCAUCCGAAAAUGGGCAAGGAAAACGAGUGGUCAGAAGGCAGCAUCCACCUCCGACGUCGCUUCCCAUGGAUGAGAAUUUUGACGCGUACACUCUCGAGACCCGGGUACCACUGACGGAGACAGCGGGAGCCAUCAACCAGAUAACCAGAACGACAUCGUGGACACCAACAUCGCCUCCUCUCGAUGAGGAUUUUGAUGCGUGGACGUAUACCAACACCGCAGGACCGGUUACUGGUACAGGGACGAUAUACGAAGAAGAUCUGAAUCAACCAGAUUCGGAAGACGGAGAGCAGGAUGAGCGGAGGAGCGGUGAGAGAGGAUAUGAUGGAUCUGAGUCUCAAGGAGGGAACAAGAAUCGGCUGAGGAGGCGGAGUGUUAGGAGACUAGGAAGGAAAUAUUCGCUGACUCUUUCCCCGUCAAGAGCUAGCAGAAGUGAGGGGUUCUGGAUCAGAAACGAAUAUCAUAGUACACAGGAAAAUGGGCGUGGAACACGGCCGCAUUACGAUCCUGAACGCAGAAGUGUAAUUCAUUACGAAGUGAACGAAAUGCCUUCUCCGAUAGGAAACAAUGGCUGGCAUCUGGAUCUAAAUCGAAAAGAAGUUGAUGAACAAAACCCGGGCUGGAUCCCAGAGCGCGAGGGGGCAGGUCAAAGUCAUUGGAAGGUAACGAGAUCGCACACAGGUGCCUCCAGAACGCGGAAUGAGAACGGACAAUUCCAAGGAGAAGGUGUUAAGAAGAAGGACAGCACUCGGUCUGACACACGUCGGCGAAAAGAACAUAUACAUCAAACCAUCAGCCGAAAGGGUCCUGUAGCCAACGACUACGAAGUUGUCGACAAUCGAGUCCUCGAGGACGGUCCGGAGCGUACAGUCACCAUUUCCACUUGGAGGGAAAAGGUGGCGAACGAGUCUAGAAGGAGCGAAGUCGAGAUGAGUGUGUACUACUUGAACGCAGAUGACUAUGUUAUGGAUUCUGGGAUUGAGGAAACUCGGAGGAAGGAGGAGUUUAGAGAUUCUAUGAAAGGCCAAAGCGGGGCAUCGAGAUCCAGGAAAGGCAAAGGGAAGCAGCGGGAUUUGCUGGAUGAUGGAUGGACUAGAAGCGAUCAUAGUGGCUUACCAGUAGCGCCGUUAUCUCAGCCUAUAUACUACAGAAGUGCGUCGCCUGUUCGACCCCAAACGCCAUGGCCAUCGAACACCAACCUUGCUGACGUCGACGGAGAAAUGUCCAAACAGUCGAUACAGGGUACCACGGACCGAAGUGUCCAUGUCGGUUUGAGGCGAAGAUCCUCGUACAGUGAGUGGAUGGAUCGUGAAUACGUGGAACCACGAACUUCUACACCCGUUCGACAUCGGACUCUGGAGCCAGAUGAAAUUCGGGGUUCAGAGGCAUCGCUGCGCACGAGUAGCACAGCUCGCGAGGCAUUAUCAUACAGACCAAAAGCGACCACCAACGGUGCAGGACACCCAAGAGGGUCCAGCUCUACCAUGAGCAGUAUGCAAGUAGCAUCCACCCCGGCAUUAGAAGCAUUGCUCUCUUCAUGUGAGCCAUCAUUGCUGUAUCUUGCACCGGUUCUUGUAGGAUUAGGCAUCAAGACAAAGGAACAUAUGAAAGCUGUUGGAAAGUUGAGGGAGGAAACGAGAAACAGGGAAGUGAGAGAGGAAGCUCUGAAAAGAGGAAUGACGAUUAUGGAAUGGGCGAUUUUGCUUGAUAAAUUGCAGCAGAACGGUUGA